UUCUGGCUGUUCACUACAUAGCCCAUAGUGCAUUGCGGCUGAUUUACGUUACUUUUUUGCGCCUUUGCCAAACGAUUUCCGGCAGAACGUACAACGCUUUGCUGCCAGUUUACAAACCCAGCUUCCACCUCCAUGCAAGUCGGGCAAAAUGUUCAAAAAGGGGCCCCGGAGGAACUUUCGACAGAGAAAACAGAGCUCCAGUGACGAAGAGGACGAGCAGAAGAACAACGAAGAUGGAGAGGAAAAGGAGAAAGCUCCAGUCGUGGUAAAUAAGCCGUCCAACCUGAGCCAGAGCCGCGGCAUCUCCUGCAGCUCCAAGCGGGAAACGACGCCUCCCAAGGCGGACAGCAGCGACGGAGAAGACGGUGAGCUGUUGGGAGUGACAGAAGAGAUAGAAGAGAGGAGGAACGACAAAGAUGGGAUUAAGAAGCCGACAAACUCCAUCCUCAGUUUCACUGACGACAAAGAAGCUGACGGACCAACAUUCAAACUGAAGAAGUCCUCUGACAAAGCUGUGCUGUUCCAAAUUAGAAAGAAGGAGUCAUCACCUGCUAAGACCAGCCAAAGGACAGGACCAGCAGGAGAAGGUGUCCGACCAUCUGUUUCUCACAGGCAGGAUUAUGACUGUCAGGCCUCACCACAUGGUCUACACCAUAUUGAUGAUGACAGUGGUGAUUCAGAUGAUGACAACGAUGAGGGUGAUGAUGGAGAUGACAGUGAUGAAGGUGGUGUCAGGUCUCCCUCAGUCAGCUCAGUAGCCUCAGACUCCAGCCGCUCAGCUACUAAUCCAAUCGUUAUCCCUAAUGCUAAAGCGAUCGAGGCAGCCAGGAGGAAGCGUCAAGCUGCUCGAGGCCAGAAAGAGUUUAUUUCCCUGGGUAGAGAUGGCCAUAGCUCCGCUGGAAGCACUCCGGAUCACUACAGCAGGGAGGAUGACAAUGACAGACUUGAUGAUGAUGAUGAUGAUGAUCCAGAUGAUCAUGAGCGAAGAAUCGAGUUUGCCCCUCGAUUAAAGAGCAUCAGGGAGAGGAUAGCUGAGAAGCUUGGGAGUGAUGGAAGUCUCUCGGGGUCUGAGGGAGAAGAGCAAGAGCUUUGGGAGGAGACACAAAUUGUGAAGGGAGUCAAGAGACGUCCAGGAGAGCAGAGUCCAUCUGGCAGUGAAUCCAGCAGCUACAGCUACAGCAGCAGUAACAGCAGGCGUAGACAAAAGAAGAGAUCAGCAGGGGUCAGAUUACCAAAGACUCUUCCUCCCAUCAGUGUCUCAAUGGUCAAGAAGAGGAUCACUGGAAAACUAGAAUCCCUGAAGGAGGUACACAGAGCACGGCAGGCAGAGCUGAGAAGGAUGGAGGGAGAUGUUGAGAGUGCUAAAACCUCUGCAGAGACUCUGGAGGAAAAUGCCCCAGAGAGCCAGCUGAAGUUUUACAGAGCCAUGAACCUUUACGUCCACAACCUGGUGGAGUGUCUACGGGAGAAGGUUGUUGAGAUCAACUCACUGGAACUGGAGUUGCAUUCUAUGCUGUCUGACCAGAUGGAGGCACUGUUGGAUCAGAGACGACAGAGGACCAAAGAGCAGGCAGACCGCCUGCAGCAGCUCAGCUAUGGCACAGGUGACCUCAGCAAAAACUCAGCCAAUGGAACAGAAACUCAAGGCGAGGCAGAUGCUGGUGUUAAAGCUGAGGAAGAUUUGGAUAUACCUGAAGACACACAGCUUUCAGCAGAGGAGGCCAGGCGGCUGCAGAAGAUGACAGAUGACAUCCUGUUGAGGUCCAAGGCAGUGUUCUGUGAUGUCCAGGAUGAGUUCUGUGAUGUUAAGAAGAUUCUGUCCCACUUUGAAGAAUGGAGAGGAUCCUACUCUGACUCCUACCACAAUGCUUACAUCUCUCUAUGUCUGCCCAAGUUGUUGAACCCCAUCAUAAGACAUCAACUACUGGCAUGGAACCCACUAAAGGGUGCAGGUGGGGACUUUGAAAACUUUCCGUGGUUCUCAGCUGUAGAGACCUUUUGUCACGGUCAUGGUCAUGAGGAGCUGGAGCACACAGACAGACAGACACUGUCUGCUAUCAUAGAAAAGACUGUCCUGCCCAAGAUGACAGCCUAUGUGGAGCUGGCAUGGGAUCCCUUAUCUCGUCAUCAGUCAGUCUGUCUGUCUGACGUUUGUCACAGACUGAAGGAGGACUAUUCUGUCUUUGAAGGGGAGCGGAGUAAACCAGUCAAGGCAUUUGUCGAGGCUGUGAUCGGUCGACUGAGGAGCUGUGUCGAUGAAGAUGUCUUCAUCCCUCUGUACCCCAAAAAGGUCCUGGAAGACCAGUCGUCUCCUCAGUGUCGCUUCAGAGAUCAACAGUUCUGGAUGGCCAUAAAACUACUAGGUAACAUGGGGAAAUGGGAGUUGCUGCUUCCGGAGUCUGUGUUGAAGGAACUGAUGUUGGACAAACUGCUGAACCGAUACCUGAUGAUCACCAUCUGCAGUCAGACACUGCACAACAAUGCUGUCCAUUCUUGCAGAAAGAUAGCAGAUAGUUUGCCACUGUCCUGGCUGAAAGGACAGACCGUCUGUUUGCCUCAGCUCCAGAAUUUCAGAAACCACCUAGUUGAGAAAGUACAUACCAUUUGCAAACAACAGCCUCCUGAAGACACAAACACCAGAUCUGCUGUGGUUGAAGUGCUGCACAUUUUAAGCAGAAUCAGAUGCAAUGACUCCAUCAUGGAUAUAGCACAAAAAUACCACUAUGAAGAUGUCAUCUACUCUCACCAGCUGCUGAACCAAGAGGAAGCGUGAGCUAAAAAUGCUGUGGAAUGGAAAGUGGAUCAAAGUGCUCUGUUAGGGGGGCUUUGCCUUGUGUCAAACGUAGCUGAACUGGAUCACACAUGGCACAUAAAAUGCCAAGAGCCAUGAGGCCCAUGAUGUCUUCUUAUGGUGGAUAGCCACUUAAGUAAGACAAAGACUUUGACCAAACUGCAUAUAUAUUGGAGUGUGUGAGGUGGUGCAAAAGUAUAUGGCAACAAAUGGAUCAAAGCACUGAAAUAUUGAGGGGAAAAUCAUUCAUCUCUGUGUUAUUUUUAGAUACGAUCAUUAUGUUCUCUCUUUUGUACAAGAGAUUGCUGUAUUUUUAAUAAUAAAUAUGUGAAAUUUGUUAAUUAA